GCCCCUGUUUCUUUCUCUCAGGGUUUUUGGUGUGAUCUUUCACAGUGCUCAGUAAUGUGUUGCAGCUAGCUGAUUUGGCUCUGAUCGGUUGGAUUUGGGCAUCAUGACUCAGCAGGCACUGCUGGCUUUGCUACUUACACUGGCCAGAACCCUGCCUGGCCCUCUGGAUGCCCAAGAUGUGCAUCAGUCUCCCCUAGUCGUGAUCGCCUCUGAGGGGGAAUCCAUCAACAUCACCUGCUCUACAAGAGGGGACCUGGAUGGUAUCUCAAUGAAGCGGAUCUGGCCUCAGGAUUCCAAUGUGAUUUACUUUGAAGACGGGGAGGAGCCCACAGUAGAUGAGACCUUCUCAGACCGAAUUGAUUUCUCUGGUUCCCAGAAGAACCUGACCAUCACCAUGCGCCUCCUCCAGCUGGCAGACACAGGAGCCUAUGCCUGCGAGGCUGUCAGAAAAGUCAGUGCCCGUGGCUCGUUCACCACUGUUGUGGUGAAAGAAAAACUAUCCCAAGAGGCAUACAGAUCCCAGGAACCUCUGCAGAUAUCAGUUUCCCUCCCAGCUGCCAUUGCUGUAGGCUUCUUCCUUACCGGGCUGCUCCUUGGGGUGCUGUGCAGCAUGCUGCUGAAGACACAGAUCAAGAAACUGUGUGCCCCAAGGAAUAAGGACUCUCCGUGCGUAGUAUACGAAGACAUGUCCUACAGCACCCGCAAGACUGCAUGCAUCCCCAACCAGUACCAGUGAGCUCCUCUGCCUGCGGUCCCCCAUUCUUGUUUCAGCAAAGCUCACAGCAGUUCUGCUGACUUACCCAACCCAACUUCCCCAGCACCCUUCCUGUGGCACUCAAAUGCCCUCUUGGUACUUCUAGGUGAAUGGGAUUCCUCCUCUGUAAGCUUCCCCACAGGGCUCUGCAAACUAUCACCAACCCUAGCCAGGUACCCCUGAUAUCAGGGAAAAAACUUGAGGUGGGAAAAGUGAUACCUGCCCCAGAGCAGCCUGACCAGGAAAAAUUAAAUAAACAAACAAAUACAUACAUAAAA